AUGCAUGACGUUCGCGCCUUCAGCCAUCUUGAUACUGAAAAGUUGUCGCUUGAGGCGAACGACGACUACGAGAUGUCAAGAUGUGACAUGGUGCUGGACGAUGGGGGAGCUGGAAUACCUGGAACGCUCGGUAUCAUCGAGGUUGGCUGGAGCGCAGGGGCAAGACUCAAUCAAGAUUCCCAUGGUGCACGGAUGCAGCAGUGA